AUGUCGACCAUGAAGAACACCCCACAGAGGAUCUCGCGCCUCAGCCGAUCCGGCACAGCCCUCACCUCCGCCGAACGGUGGCAAGCCGUGACCAAACGCGACACAACGAUCCAAAACUUCGUCUACGGCGUUUUUACCACAAAAAUAUACUGCCGUCCCUCGUGUCCCGCGCGGCUAGCCCGGCGCGCAAACGUUGAGUUUUACGACACCCCCUCCCAAGCUGAAGCCGCCGGACUCCGACCCUGCAAGCGCUGCAAGCCACAAUGUGACCUCGUGGCGGCUGCUAGUUCGCAGGCGACAAUGGUCAAUAAGGCAUGCGGGAUGAUUCAGGAGGCACUCAGCAUAGGGAUGAAACCUAGACUACAAGAUCUGGCGGCUCGGGUGGGACUCACUGCGAGUCACUUCCAUCGCGUGUUUAAGAAGAGGAUGGGUGUGACGCCGGGGCAGUAUGUGAGCAGUAUUCUGGAGGGGUCUAGGGGUGGUUCGUCAGGAUCGGGGCUGAGGACCCCUGAUAGCGUGUCUCUUGUUGAAACGCCGCGCUUGGAUGAAAACGGAACGGGACUCUUGGACGCGGGGGAGGGCCUCGCGUUGUCUGGAGCAUAUGAGCCGCCUGUCAUAUUGGAUGCGUGGAAUGCGUGGAAUGAGUUUGAUGUGCUGCUGGCUGCUGAGCAAGGGUCUGGAUCUGCGGAGGUUGAUGGCUCUAUAGAUCCCCGCAUCAUCUCUGCGACGUAA